CCAAAAAAACCCUAAAAAAAAAAGCUUGAAAUGGCUUCUAUGCCUGAAAGACUGUUGACACUUGCGUUCAGACAGCCCGACUCAGAGUCCAGUGGUCUCCCUGUCUCCCCAUGGCCUGCUGAUGGACAGAUUCCUGCCCAGGGAUGGGUAGGAUGCAGAAGGGUAUUCUGGCCUUGGGUCCUCACUGCUUUUCUCAUCUCAAAGCACCUGUCAUCUUCUCAGCCUCAGAAGGUGAUAAUGAGGAGCUAGGAACCAGGUUGCCUUAUGUCUGUCACAUGUCCAGGAGGGCAAGUGGCAUAGAGCAGAGGAGGGCAAAUGACAAAAGGGAACUCAGAAGGGCCCAUUUCCCCAUGCUGGUUGGCAAAUGAAAAGCUGUAAGUCAGGAUGGAGUGACUAGAGGGAGUCUUUUCACCACAGUCUCUCAAGAAACCUUCUCCUACAUGGAUCUGGGACUGCUACCUCCAUGGCAUAAGCACUUUUUUUCUCAGUAGGGAACAGCAUUUGGGUGCACAUGAAUGAUGGCCCAGAGUGAACAGAGUGCCUUAAGCCUAUACACUUGGACUGAAAAAAACAUCAAACCAUUAUUUCUCUGGCCACAGAGGAACCAAUCAUGUAAUUUCUAAGCCUCUCUUUCCUUCUUUCAGAGGAUGGACCUGUGGAUUGUUCCAGGCCACAUUGAAAGAUUUUUACUUCCUUGGCAGACUAUAAGUCAAAAGGACACACUGGGGGCUUUGCUUCUUAAAUGUCCUUCUUUCCUCUUAUCCCCUGCAGGGCCUUCCAACUUAAAAGUGGUAUGGGAUUUUGCAGUUUGACACAGAAAUGCUUCUCGUUAGUGGACUUCACUGCCCCAGUGUUCUGGAGUUCAGAGGUUUGGAGUACCUGGAGAUCCAUGCUUUCAACAGCCAAAGGAUGGAGAGACAAGUUGUGUUUUGAGAUUAGCUGUAAAUCUCAGUUUAUCUCCCAUUUCAGCUUGAUCACACAGUUUCAGGAGAGGCUGCUGCAGAGCUCAGGUGUUGACCAUGUGCCUCUUCUAAGAUUUCAUUUUAGACAGCACCUGCAAUGCAACAAGAACCAUGUCUCUAAGGCUGCUGAGGAAAUAUCAAAUAUUUCAGUUCCCCCCGAUUUAGUAGGUUGAACACAGAAACAAGAGAGGGACUGCAGAGGCAGGUAAAAAAUAUCUUGGCUUGACUGGAAUUUCUCCCACAGUCAUUGAGUUAUCCUAAAUAAGCUGAGGUCAACUGAGUCUGAACAGUUUCUGUUGUUUCUUGAACUCAGAUAUCACCAAAUUUCUAUUAAGGGCUUAGUACACUAGUUUACAACUCAGCAUCAGUGACUAUGAGCUGAAGCUAAUGUCAAGGUUGCUUUUAUUUUUCUCAGAUACAGCAUGUUCCCUUCAGCAAAUAUUAAGGUCAGUUUAAUCUAAUUCAUUAUAAGAAAUUACAGCCAUGCCUGAGACCUUUUCAUAUGCUAUGUUAUGCUAAAGUGCUUUUUCUCAUUGGUUGGAGGGGCAGUGUUGUAAUUUGUGGUGAUUUUUUUUUCGAAGUAUGGGAAAUGAUUUAAUAUUUACUUCAGUUUAAGAGAAAAAGAAAACAUCCUGCAUGUUGAAAUUUGAUAGGAUGUUUUAGAGUUGGCCAUCUGCAUUCUCAAGGCGGAAUUUUGAGGGAAGUUAAAAAGAAAAUUUACAACUGACAUGAAUUAGAGUGCUUACCUGUUUCUAAUGCAUGUUAAUUGUAAAAACAUGAAACACAUGGUUGCAGAGAUUCUUUUGAAAAUGCAUACUAACAGCAAGUCAUAUUUUUAUUAGAAAUAUAACCUGCAAGUGAAGGAGUGCUCUCUUUGAAAAGAAUUACCAGGGGGAGUAGAGGCAGACAGAGGUGUGCUAAAGGGUAGAACAGAAGAUCUGGAAAAAAGUUUGGGAAAGUAAAGGUAGAGGGGCCAAAUAGAGGCAAUGAGAAUGAGGAAGGGAUGAUUCCCACAACACUCAACUUGAGGACUUAUACUGGGAUCCUGAGCUCUGUGGCCUCCCUCUAUAAACAAUGAAGAAAAAUGGAGCAGACAGUCACCAGAGAGGCCAAUUCAGAAGUGCUAAACCAGAAGCCUACCUGCACAGUAGUCUGAAUCAUGCUUUGGAUGUACCUUACCUCUAGGGGCUCACCUAAGAGUGGGAUACAUCUUAACGAAUGGGAUCAUGUGAAAGCUAAGCAUUCUGUCUCAGAAAGUCAUUGAGGCUUCCUUUAUGGUCAGUGGAAAGAGGAAGGUGCCUUUCAAAGCCUCCCUAAGUUUGGGUACCAAAGAUAAAGGGUUACCUUUUCCUUUCUCAAGGCCUUACCUGUCUUUCCUGCCUUCCCAAAGAUUUUAUUCACUUCUUCUGGAGGUUUUGCUUCCCUGAGUAAACUAGGUCCCUCCUUAAAGUACAGGUUGGACCAUACUGUGCUGUAUUGUAAAGUAUAUGACCCAGUGAUAUAGAUAACUGCCUGUAAUAAUUCUAUUUCUGAUAAUGCAAGUACACAGAAUCGCACAACCAUUGGAUUUGUGCUUCCUUUUCAACAUACAUAUUCUUGGACACAUCUAAUACAACUGAUUUCACCUCAUUUUAGACACUGAUAGACAUCUGUACCUGAACUGACUAUUGAGACACCUAUGACAGUUGAUGGAGAGAAAUACAUUCUUCUAAUGGGCAACUUCUCAGGUCCAUUUUAGGCUUUUACCUCAGAACAAGGCAAAUUUGUCAUCUGGAGGUGCCUAUUUCCACCACUGGAGACUGAUUUUCUCCUUAAUUCACCUCUGUGUAAAUCAGUUGAGGCAAAUUAUAAUCCUGAACAAGCUUUUAGAAAACUACACAUUCCUUGGGCCAUUUUCUCUUUCAACUCAGGAGGCUGGUAUGAAGCCUUUCUUUUCUCUACUGAGGACAGAGUAGUCUGAAAGCUUGUAGGCAUGAUCAUGAUGAAGCACCCUGAGAGGUUACAGCAUCUUUCUUGAGCCAUUUUAUCUGGUCAUGACUGCUAUUGGUUUACCCCGAAUUCUGUGCCUAGGACUUAGGAGGUGUCUAAACAGUUACCCAGUUUCAUUGUACAGAUCCAUGAGGCUCUUGGCAGACUUCCAGGUGCAUAGAGUGAGACUUCUCUUAAUCCUAAUGAAGAGCUGCAAACCCUGUGCAAUUGAUUUGGAUAACUGAGACAUACGAAACAUCAUAGGACGCCGAAAUGUCCAUACACACACAGAGAUCUGAACUUGUCAUCCAAUGCUUCCUAAGCUUUCAAAAGAGAGAGUGCACCAUGACAGGUCAUCUCUUUCAUUUUAAGAUUUGUAACUAUCCUAUGUGUCCAAGCUCCCAUGCAAGGUGACUGAAAGCAGAAUGAAACUAUUAAUUUAAACUAAAACCCUCCGGAAGUCAGCUAUUGUUCUAACAGAACAUGCACAUAACACAGACAUCGUAUCAGGUUAAUAUCAAAUAGGUGGAGGGAUGGAAAAACAGGCUUAUGGACUGCUGGACGAGUUGGGUGAGACUUGUCCUCGUUGUUUAUCAAGACAUCUAAGAUUUCAGCAUCUGAAACACAGACAUCUCACAAGUGAUUGAGAAGCCUGAGCACAUCUCUAUAGAUUUAGAUAUCAUGGGCUAUCCAGCAUAUCCAUGGAAGGCUCAUAAAUGUGACACAAGAUCCACAGGAGUGCACCCUGUCUUCCCUGCAUGGCAGAUAGUGGCCAGGGUGCACAUCAUCAGACUUGUCAAAGAGCAGUAGAUGCCUUGCUUUAGGACUGGAAUUGACUCUCUGAAUUUCACGUAAGCUACUGCUAACAACAGAGAGCUAUUUGGCUUGUCUUAAGAAAUGUACCAUACCGUUUCAUUGUUUUCACUGUGUCUUUAUUGUUCCAAGAUGAAUUCUCUGAAGAAGGGACCAAUGGAAAUAAAACUUCUGUGGUCAUGUUUGUUAUUCUGGGUUUUUCUCAUCACCCAGAUAUGAAAAUCAUCUUCUUUAUCCUAUUUCUGUGUAUUUACUUUGUCACGGUGCUGGGAAAUCUAAUUAUUCUUCUUGCAAUUAACAUGGACCCUGUCCUCCAUACCCCCAUGUACUUCUUCCUCAGGAACUUAUAAUUUCUGGAACUCUGCUACACCUGCACCAGAAUGCUGGUCAAUCUUUUCUCAAGUGAUACGUCCAUCUCUUUUGCAGGUUGUGCUGCACAGAUGUAUUUCUUUCUGUUCUUUGGGGCUACUGAGUGCUGCCUCUUAGCUGCUAUGGCGUAUGACUGCUACCAAGCCAUAUGCAACCCUCUGCAUUACAUGGAUAUCAAUAAGAAGGUAUGCAUGCAGCUGGCUGCUUCCUCAUGGAUAUGUGGCAACCUUGUGGUCCUUGGGCACACUACAUUUAUCUUCUCUUUGCCUUUCUGUGCGUCCAACGUGAUCAACCAUUUCUUCUGUGAGAUCCAACCAGUGCUGGUGCUGGUAUGCAGCGACACUUACUAGAAUGAGCUACAGAUCAUUCUGUCUGCUGCCUUUGUCAUCCUGAUGCCUUUUCUGCUCAUUUUGGUGUCCUAUGGCCUCAUCAUUUCCUCCAUCUGCAAAAUCAGGUCUGCCAAAGGAAGGUAUAAAGCAUUCUCCACUUGCUUCUCACAUCUCACUGUAGUGACAUUAUUCUAUGGGACAGCUGUGUUCAUCUAUAUACGUCCCAAAUCCAGUUAUUCCCUGGAUGUGGACAAAGUGCGCUCUCUGUUCUAUUCUGUGGUGACCCCUAUAUUGAACCCUGUUAUCUACAGCCUUAGGAAUAGAGAGGUGAAAGGUGCUCUCUUUAAUACGAGAAAUAAGCUAUUUCACCCUAACUCCUAGGUCAGUUCCCCUCAGCUGAACAACCAUCCACAAAUACCUCACCUCAGAAGAAGAACCGGCACAUUGCCAGAGUGAUAUAGGAAAGAUCAGUGACAGAACUUUAGGAUAGGAAGGCAUUCAGCUCACCUGAGUUCAAAAAAAGUAAUUAGGUGUCUAAAUAGGAGUAUCUGGUGGCAUUUGAAGUGCAUAGUUUCCAGCUGCCAUUAUAGAACCUGUGCAUCUCCAUUGUUAGAGUUGCCAGUACCAGUUGAAGAUCUUGGAUACAGAGGAUGUCUCAUGUGAUCCCAGGCACAUACCUUUAGGCAUAAGAAUUACUCCCCAGAUGUCUAUGACAUGCUAGAGGGAAGGGAUGCCGUUCAGAGGGACCUUGACAGUCUCUAGAAGUGGGCCCAUGUGAAACUCAUGCAGUUCAAGAAGGCCAAGUGCAAGGCCCUGCACCUGGAUCAGGGCAACCAUCAGUAUCAAUACAGACUAGGGGAUCAAUUGAUUGAGAGCAGCCCUGCGGAGAAGGACUUGGGGAUCCUGGUGAGUGAAAAAUUGGAUAUGAGCUGGCAACGUGCACUUGCAGCCCAGAAAGCCAAUUGUACGCUGGGCUGUAUCAAAAGAAGCAUGGCCAGCAGGUCGAGGGAGGUGAUUCUGCCCCUCUACUCCGCUCUUGUGAGACCCAACCUGGAGUGCUUCAUCCAGUUCCAGGGUCCCCAGUUUAAGAAAGAUACGGACCUGUUGGAGCAGGUCCAGAGGAGGGCCACAAAAAUGAUCCAAGGACUGGAACACCUCUCCUAUGAAGAAAGGCUGAGAGAGUUGUUUUGUUCAGCCUGGAGAAGAGAAGGCUCCAGGGAGACCUUAUUGUAGCCUUUCAAUACUUAAAUGGGACUUGUAAGAAAGGUGGAGAAAGACUUUUUAUCAAGGCCUGUAGUGACAGAAAAAGGGGCAAUGAUUUUAAAGUGACAGAGGGUAGGUUUAGAUUCAUCAUAAAGAAGAAAUGUUUUAUGAUGAGGGUGAUGAGACACUGGAAGAAGUUGCCCAGAGAAUUUGUGGAUGUGCCAUCAUUGGAAGUGUUCAAAGACAGGUUGGAUGGGGCUUUAAGCAAACUCAUCUAAUAAAAGAUGUCCCUGCUUAUGGCAGGGGGUUGGAACUAGAUGAUGUUUAAAGGUCCCUUCCAACCCAAACCAUUUUAGGAUUCUAUGAUGAUAUGAUUCUAUGAGACAAGUUAAUCUGGCUGGUUCAAUUCAGUUGUGCAUAUUCAGAGGCAUGUACUACCACCUAAAAAUCACCUGGGACAUUUCACCCAUACACAUAGGCUUGGAAAUAUGACAUGGGACAUACAGAAAACAUGUUGUCUUCUGCAGUAGUGGCUUGGGAGCAGGCAGGAUGCCAGUGGACAUCUCCAAUGGCAUAGACACCUGCUACAAUGUACAUGGUUUGGGCCAGGGCCAGUGGAGUCUAUGAAGUGAUGCAUGUCUCUUCUUUAUAAACAAAGGAAUCAGUCUCUGAAUUCCAGUGACUCACUGUCUCUCUACUCUCAGACAGACAUCUAGUGUCAUUUGAAAUGCCGUAAGGUUUUGGAACUGAACUCCUGAUUAUAAUUUAGGAGGUCAUGGAUAUGCUAUAGUGUCAUCUAUGGGCUAUCAUCCAUAUCUGUGUCAUCUCUGGAAGACCCAUAAGGACAUCCUUAACAUGCCUGGGCAUCUCAAAUAGCACUAAACACACAUGUUCAAGUAAAUUAAUCAAGCUCAAAAUCUCCUUUGACUCUAAUGGGAGCUUAGACACCUAACUUACUUGGAGACACCUAUAUAAAUGUGAUUGGGAAAAGUAUCAAGCCCCACCUUUGCAUUGUAGGGACUUACAUGCAGGUGAAAUGAACUCCACCCAUGUGAUAGGGAGACUAAACCCACCUUCAGCCCAUCCUCUAAUGUUGCAAGACAACAUUUCAUACCAUUAGUCUCCACCUCACAAAUCUCACUUUCUGUUGAGAGUUCCUCUACCGACAUGGUUCUUUUUCACAAAUGUUAAGUGUUAUGUGACGUAACCAUAAAGGGCAUUGAUCUCCACCAAAAUUUGUGCUGAGAUAGCUACCAUGUCUUGGGUUUACAUAAAAUUUUAAAGACUGCUUUAAGGGACAGAGAAAUGGAAAGGGGAAAGAAAACAUUUCUUCCUGUUUUAUUCAGCUAACAAUUUUCCUUACAGAUGUCAACAGAACUGUUUCAGAGUUCAUAAACAAUUCUGAAGAAAUGCAUCUGAAUUGUGGCUUAUUUACAUUUUCAGUGUGCUCUUAUGUCUUAUAAUAAUAAUCUUGAUUAUUUAAAGUA